AUGCUUUCCAAGACCUUCGUCAUUGCAGCCCUCGCUGCCGCUGUCACUGCCACCCCCAUCGCCCAAGGACAAUCAUCCUACUCUGCCCCGGCCGCAACCGGCAGCUAUGCCGCCACAGCCAGCUAUGCUCCCAGCAGCGCUGCUCCUGCUCCCGCUCCGACCGGCGCUACUGGACCUGUGGCAGCUAACCUCCCUGCUCCUACAGGUCUAGUUGCCAAACUCCUGACCGAGCCCAACACCGUCAACCGCUUCACCGACCUCCAGAAGGAACUGGCCGCUGGCACCAUCAACCUCAAGUUCGACUUCAACCCCGCUGCCAACCCCACCGUCACCCCUGGCGAAGGUGGUCAAGUCGAUCUCGCCCAGCGAGCCAACUUUCCCAUACUCACCGGCACCGGUAUCUCAGCAGCCGGCAUCUUCUUCAACCCUUGUGGAUUAAACACCCCUCACUUCCACCCUCGUGCGACUGAGUUCUUGACUCUCGUCACUGACACCAAGAUGCUCUCGGGCUUCGUGCUGGAGAACGGCCUCGCCGCUGAAUUUAACACCACCCUAACCCAGUUCCAAGGCACCGUGUUCCCACAGGGCAGCAUCCACUUCCAACAGAACCUCGACUGCAAGCCCGCUGUCGCCAUCGCCGGCCUCAACUCCGAGGACCCCGGUGCAUCUUCCGUCGCCCAGAACUUCAUCGUCAACCUCGACCCUGAGAUCGUCGACGCCACCCUCGGCUUCCCCAAAGAGAUCAACGCCGACAACUUCGCCCAGUUCCGCAAGCACAUCCCGGCCUCCCUCGCCAAGGGUGUCGAGGAGUGCUUGAUCCGCUGCCACCUCGCUUACUAA